GGUCUAACUAAGCAGUGGGUGGAGGGCGGGUGGCGCAGGAGUGAAUUCACUGAAAUAUAAUGUGUAAUAAAACUAAAGCAGCACAAAUGACAUUAUGACGUCCUCUGAGAGUGCGGAUACAAAAAGAACUCAGCGCCCCCCAGUGUCCGGAUUAAACAACUGCACCUCAGAAUGAACCUGCUCGGGGCACAACACACAGGCCCGUGAUUGGAAGCGGAACAGCACGUGGAUUGUUGAGAAAACUACGUUUCCCAGAAUGCAUUGUGUCCCGUUGUCAUGGUGAGAUCUAGGAAGCUUUCAAGCUGUGUCUUAGCAACAGGUUAUACAAAGAUGGCGGAAGAGCAGCUCUCAGCCAGAGUCGCAGGAGGUGAAGAGGAAGAAGAGGAACGUGUAGCAGAGGAAGAGGACACGGCUAGAGAUCCUAGGGAAGCAGUUAUUGCUGAUGUAAUUGAUAUGGAGGAGGAUAUUGCCCCCGCCAAGCCCCAGGAACCAAGUAGAUCAGUAAAGUCAGGGGUCAGUCUAUUACAGGAGCCGUCUGUGAGGGGAGAAGAGCCUGAUGGGACAGUGAAUGAAACACCAGCAGAUGGGGUACAGGCGACUGCAGAGGAACAGGACUGUGAUACAACAGCACCCCCUAAUGGAAGCAACUCACACACACUGAAAUCUGAGUCACAUGUAUUUAACACACUAACAGAUCCCAUGUUUGGACAUAGUUUAGAGGCUCAUGUGGAACACAACCCUGGAGAUAAUGGUGGGAUGCAACAGGCCAUGGAAGAUGCUGAAGUGAUGGAACAAGACAUGAAGGGUGAGGAAGGGUUGGUAGGGGACUUAGUAGCUAAAGAUGACAUGGAACAAGCCAUAAAUGACAAAGAAGAGGUUGAAGAGAAUGCACAAACUGAUGAAAGGGAAGAAGAGAAGCCACCAUCCAUUGAAGAGGUGGAAGGAAACCCACCGUCUUUUGAAGCAAUGGAUAUGAGCAUGGCCGGUAGUGAUGGGGCAGAAGGGAACUUGGUUGGUAGUGAAGGGGACGUGCCUGGUAGUGAUGGGUUAACACGAAACGUGACUAGUAGUGAUGAUGCAGAAAGAAACAUGGUUUCUAGUAAAGGAAACAUGGCUGCUAGUGAUGAAACAGAAGAGAACAUGGCUGCUGGUGAUGAAACAGUAGGGAUCUUGUCUGCUAAUGAAGGCAACAUGGCUGUUCAUGAUGAGACAGUAGAGAACAUGGCUGCUAGUGAAGGGGUAGAAGGGAACAUGGCAACUGAAGAUGAAAUGGAGCAGAAGAUAGUUGGUGAUAAAGGGGUGGAGCCAAAUCUGGGAGCUGAAGGAGCAGUGGAAGAGAAGAUGCUGGAUCAUGCAGUGCUAGUAGAAAAUGCCCAAUCAGAUUCAAACAUUGAAAGAACAGAUGAAGAGGGGAAACAGGACAUGGAAGCUUCAGGGAAAGGCCCUGAGACUGAAGAAGAUCAUGUAGAGCCAGACCAAAGAGCAGAACUAUCGUCAGACGCAGAGCACGAAGAAGGCGAACCCAUACCGAAAAUUCCCGAAAAUUUCUACUACGAGUAUGAAAGUCUCUGCUCUCGACCCUACGUCACUCCGGAUUCGGGAAUUCCAAGCGGCGUUCUACAGCUGCUACACUCUUUUGGUUAUGACUGUACGAAACGGGCCAACCUCCAUUUACUAGAUAACCAGACCUUGCUCUAUGUGGCAGGACCCACGUGCAUCAUCCUUAGCGUGAAGACUCAGGAGCAGAGAUAUGUGCGGAGCAGCAGUGGGGCAGGAAUUGGAGCUGUGACGGUGCACCCCAGCAAGGAAUAUUUUGCAGUUGCAGAAAAAGGGAAUAUGCCAAACAUUAUCAUUUAUGGAUACCCCUCACUGAAACCAUACAGGAUCCUGAGAGGUGGCACAGAGGAAGCCUACACGUUUGUAGACUUUAAUAUUUCGGGGACUCUUUUGGCCAGCGUGGGAAGCAGCCCUGACUACACACUGACCAUCUGGAACUGGAAACAGGAGAACAUCAUGCUGCGCUCCAAAGCUUUCUCCCAGGAUGUGUUCCGGGUCACUUUCUCGGCAGAGAAUGAGGAGCAGCUCACUACUUGUGGUACAGGUCACAUCAAGUUUUGGAAAAUGGCUUCCACCUUCACAGGGCUAAAGCUGCAGGGAGAGCUGGGGAGGUUUGGGAAGACAGGACUGUCAGACAUAGAGGGCUACGUGGAGCUUCCAGAUGGGAAGGUGGUCUCAGGCUCGGAGUGGGGCAACAUGCUCCUUUGGGAAGGGGGCCUCAUCAAGGUGGAGCUGUGUCGGAAAGGGGGCAGAUCUUGCCACAAUGGACCUAUUAACCAGUUUGUGCUGGACGAGGGCGAGUUGAUCACCAUUGGUUCUGAUGGGUUUGUCCGGGUGUGGGACUAUGAGAUGGUGGAUACAGCAGACACUGUAGAUGAUUCUGGACUCUUGGAGAUGGAACCCAUGAAUGAGCUUCUGGUUGGCAGGAAUGUCAAUCUACGGUUUAUGGUGAAGGCGACAGACACAGAGGCCCCGCUUUGGUUUGCUCAGGAUGCCAACGGAGCCAUCUGGAAACUAGACCUGUCUUUCUCCAAUAUAACGCAGGACCCCGAGUGCUUGUUCUCUUUCCAUGCUGGCAACAUCAAAGCCUUGGAUGCCUCUCCCUCCACCUACCUCAUGGCCACCACAUCCCUGGACAGGUCCGUGCGCAUUUAUGAUUUUAUUGGAAAGUAUCCUCUGGUCGAGAUGAAAUUCAAGCAAGGAGGCACAUCCCUGGUUUGGGCCCCUCGUAUGGUCAAUCCCAAAGGGGGUAUUUUCACAGUGGGAUUUGAUGAUGGAGUCGUACGUAUCCUGGAAGUCCACAGUUCUCUUGGUUCCAGAAUCGUGAGUGGGCGUGUGGGCAAACAGGAGGCAGAACUGAGCCUCAAACAGGCCUUCAAGCCCCACAGAGCUCCUGUGACUGCACUGGCAUAUGAGCGUAACGGAGAGAUCCUCGCCACUGGGAGUACAGACAGAACUGUCUUCUUCUUCACUGUUGGGGAGAGUUAUGAGCCCAUUGGAUUUGUACGUGUGCCAGGACCAGUGAGGGAGCUUCACUGGACACCUCCAUCCCAUGAAGAAAACCAUCUGUUGGUGCUUUGUGAGAAUGGAUUUGCGGUCCAAAUCCCAGCUCCUUCUGCUGAGAAACGAGACCCCCUCUCUACCUUUGAGAUCCCUGAUGUUCCCCUAAAAUAUUUUAGGUUCAGUAGCAUCAAAUCGAAGCUUCAGCGACAGGAUGAGAUUGGCCGCAGGCAGAAGCUGAAGGAGCAGAAGCAGAAGGAGCGAGAGGCUUGGAUAAAGAAACAGCAGGAGCAGGGGGUGGAGCUCACAGAAGAUGAUCUGCAGGGGCUGGCUGAGGAAGAAGAGGAGGAGCCGCUGCCACCACUUUAUGUACCCAAGGAUCCCAGUGCCAUUCUCUGUGGAUUCUAUGCCAGUCCUGGGAAGUUCUGGCUCUCCCUGGAUGGCUAUGACUCCGGCUUCCUCUACCUCUGUGAGUUUUCAGACCUACAGAAUCAAACAGAAAACAUAUCUAGCAGGAGGGAUGAACCCCUAAGUGUUCUGCCUGUGGAAGAUACCACCAGUAACCCCAUCAAUAAAAUCCACUUCAGCUCCAACAAACAGCUGCUGUUCUGUGGGCUGCGGGAUGGAACAGUGCGUGUUUACCCUCUGCAAGCCAAUGACCCGCUGCUCACGUCUAUGCAUGGUUAUUGGUCUCUGGGAGUCCAUGAUAAUCAGUAUGGCACAAUCCAGUCCAUCUGUACCAGCUAUGACAAUCAGUACUUGGUGACCUGCGGAGGAGACAGCAACAUCUUCACCUUCAGCAUCCUCUCCAUGGAAGAUAUAGAGCGAGACCUGAAAGGGAAUAAAGCAAAAAUACCAUCCCCUCGGAACGAUACAGAGGGAGUGAGACUAGCUGAAGAUAUUGAGGAUCCAAAUGCUUACAGCAUAGAGGAUGCCAAGCAGAAGCGGCAGCACGACCUUCUGGUGAAACAGGCAGAGGAACAGAAAAACCACAAGAGGAAUUUGCUGGAUGAAUUAAGGAAGGAGUUUCAGCUGCUGCUGGACAAGAAUGCAGAGCUGCCAGCCCACAUGCAACUGAGCAGAGAGGAGUUUGAGAUGGAUCACCGGAUCCGUGAGGAAAUGGAAAGGCAGACUUCGGAGAAGAUCCGCACGGUGCUGAAGGAGCUGGCUUGGGAGCAGGAGAAACACAGCAUUGCUCUGAAGAAGCUGCAGGCUCGCUUUAGGGACAAUGUUGAGUUUGACACAGUCAUAGUACAUGCCAUUAGCAGCAGCCACCAGAUAUCAACCUACAGAAUGCUGGCACUGUCAGACACUUACUCCCAAGCGAAGGGGCUGCUUCUGAAGAGGAGGCCAACCCGGCAUGAUAUCCGUGUGAAAGAAGGAGAGGCGGCCAAGGAAAUGCGGGAUGCAGGUACAGUGGAACCAAGUGCCAGAGGAGAGAAGGAGCUGGAGGUUCUCAUGAAUCACCAGAAGCAGAAGAAGCAUUGGGUGGGGAAGCGACACGGGGGUGCACAGGCGGAAAGAAUGAGGAAGAUUAUGGAAAAAGCAGAGAAGGCAAAAUCCAAAAUUGCCCAGAGAAAGCGAGAGUGGGAGGAGCUAUACAAAAAGAAGCCAAGCGAGGAUUAUGAGGACCCAGAAGAUGUGAUGGCCAUUAAACAUGCCAAGGAGAACAUGGGAGAUUUUAACCUGAAAACCUCUGAGGAUUACACUGUACCAGAGCACCUGCGUAUCAAUGCGGAGAGGAAGAGGAACGAGCUAGCGAUACUGGAGAGCAUGAUACACAAAGAGAAAUCAGCCAUGAACCGCCGAAUCCUGUCCCUCCGAGACCUCAAAGCGAGCACCAUAGAACAGAUCCAGAGCUUUGUAAUGAAUCUGCGCCAUAUCCAGUCCAUGUUAGAUCCUUCUAGACACCUCCCUGUCCCACUGGUGCCCACAAUGUACCCAGACGAGACUCCAGAAAAGAGAUUCCAGUAUAACAGCGAGACUCUGAGCAGGUUCAGACUGGAACAGGAGAGCAAGGCCCGGCAACUUCAGGCAGCGAAUACUAAUGGAUUUGGGGGUUUCGGAACAGAGCAACAAAUCACAGUGACAGAUACAAACCCGUCCACUAGAUCAACCUCUCAUAGCUCUCAACCUUCCCGAACUCCAUCUCCCCAAAUCCCAGAGAGGGAAAUGUCCAAGCUGGAGGAGGAAAUCAGAAGGACGGAAGAGAUUAAGAACUUGUAUAUGCAGGAAAGUCUCAUACAGAAGAUUCACUCUUUGGUGACAGAGUUUGAUGCCGAACUUCGGAUCCUGCGGCACCAGAAGAUCAAGCUGGAUGUGCAAAUGAAGAUGGCCGACUUGCGCCACAUCACCCUGUUCGAGGAGCUUCUCUUGCUGAAGGAAUUUGAGAAGCGAGAGGACAUUCUGCAGGAGAGAGUCAGCGAGCGCAUCGCUGAAAAGGAAGACAUGAAGAGAAAGUUAGAAGACUCUAUGCAGCAGCUGGACACAAAGAAGCGAGAAAUUACCAGGCUGCAGGAGAAAGAAAAGACAAUUCACUCUGCCUUCCAGGCCUCCCUGGGGGAGAACAAUAAAUUUGCAACAUUCCUCAGCAAAGUCUUCCGGAAGAAAAUCAAACGCACCAAAAAGAAGGAGGUACAAGCAGACAAAGAUGAGGAAGAUGAGAGCGAAGAGGAGUCAGACGAGGAAUCCACGUGGGAAAGUGACGAAGAUGAGUCUGGGUCUGAGGAAGGCGUUUUUGACGACUCUGUUUGCCCAAAGAACUGUGACCCCGCCCUGUUUGACAACACCUUGCAACUGCGGGACAAGCGAUUGGAUGUUGAGGAGGCUCUGGCAGAAGAGAAGAAAAUUGUGGAUAAUUUAAAAAAGGAGUACGAUGCCUUGUCCAAGAAGAUUAAAACCCUUGAGCUGAGCCUGAGCCAAGCAGAGGCUGAACUAGAGGCUUUCCAGAGGGAGAAGCAGCGGAAACUGAAUGAGUUGGAUGUGGUGGUUCCGCUGAAAUUACACCAGGUGGAUUAUUUAGUCAAUGGGGAGAUCCCCGGAGAUCUGUCCCAGGCACUUGUCUUUACCAACCAGUCCUUGGAGAACUUGCAGCAGCGCAUCAGGGAACUGCAACUGGAGAAGGUGGAGAAGAGAGACCUCUAUAAACAGGCACGAGAGCAGCAUAAGCAGCUCAUUAGGGACAAAAAAGAAGUGGAAUACAAAAUCAAAGUCCUGGAGGAGAAGUGCAGCCAACAAAUGCUGAGGAAGUUUGGGCGCAUAGUGGAUCUGGAGGCUCUGCAGACCUUGUCUGUGAACACAACCCUGGAGGAACUGAAGAUAAAGUCCUCAGAGAGAGCGGAGACUAUGAACAGGGAACUGGCUGAAUGGGAGGGGAAGGUGACGGAGACCAAGAGGAAACUUAUGGAAGUGACCCGUGAGCAGACACGGAAGCUGGAGAAGAUGAAUGAGCUCCUCACUGAAAAGAAGGUCCUAGAGGCAAAGCUUGACGCUCUCCAAACUGCUGUGGGAGAAGAGUUCAAGGGGCCGCGCAAAACAGAGACAAAGGAGCGACAGAAGCUGCUGCACUUGGUUCAGGUGCAGGUGGAAGAGAUGAACAACCUGAAAGAGGAGAUUUCUCUCUUGAGCAAAAAAGGAGGAAGUAUUCUGCCCCCCGCCCAGCCCCCAAUGCCCAACACUGUUAUGUGACCACCCUGUGCCUAGGCAGCGUUAUCAUUAUCAUAUCUUAUUAUCAUUGCUGUGCUCAUAUUCCUCAUUAAACCAACGACUGUG